AUGGAGGCGUGCGUGCCCUCCCUCAGGGGGGGCGAGCUGCUCGCCUCACACCGGCGCCGCCGACUCCCCGCGCGCUCGGCCGCGCCUGAAGCCGGAAGCAGCGUGGCCUCCGUCGCUGCUGGAACUGCGAGGAACGAUGAUCGGGAGCGAAUCUGUAGAUUGGACUCCUUCAAGCGGCUGAAGCAGAUCGGCGAGGGGGCGUUCGGCACCGUCUCGAAGGCGCGCGACCGCCGCACCGGCGAAGUGGUCGCCAUCAAGUCCGCACGCGACGGCAGCAGCGAGGCGGCGGCGGCGCUGCUGCGGGAGGCCGCGAUGCUCGCGGCGUGCGCCGGCAACCCCGCGGUGGUGGCGCUCCGGGAGGUGGCCUGGUCGGAGGACGGCGGCCUGCACCUGGUGAUGGAGUUCGUAGGCCACAGCCUCCACGACAUCAUCAGCGCGCGCCGCCGCCAUGGGCUCCGGUUCACCGAGUCGGAGGCGCGCCACGCGAUGGCGCAGCUUCUGGCCGGCGUGGGGUCGAUGCACGCCCACGGCAUCGUCCACCGCGACCUCAAGCCCGGGAACGUGCUUGUCGGGGAGCACGACCGCCGGCUCAAGAUCUGCGACCUCGGCCUCGCCAGGUCAGCCGCCGCGCCGCUGCCGGACGCGCGGCUGGAGGGCACGCUCGGUUACAUCGCGCCGGAAGCGCUCCUGUGCCAGAAGAACUGCGGCGGGCCCGUCGACAUAUGGGCUCUCGGCUGCAUCAUGGCAGACCUCGUCGGCGGGGAGAAGCUCUUCCCGGAGGAGGAUGAGUACAGGCAGCUGAUCAGCAUCAUGGACCUCCUAGGGAUCCCCGACGACGUGUCAUUGAUGCCGCUGGGCAUCACGGCGGCGGCGCCAAGCAAGCUGCGGGAAAAGGUGCCGGAGGAGCGGCUGUCGCCGGCGGGUUUUGAAGUCCUGUGUGGCCUGCUGGAAUACGACCCCAAGGACAGGCUCACCGCCGCGGCGGCACUGCAGAUGCCAUGGUUUGAAGGCAAGGAAGACUGA